AUGACUUCCACAGCAACAUCAAUCCAAGGAACGUCAACCUCGAUCACAGGUCCUUCGGCGACUUGCAUACACGUUGCACCCGGCAAGAAUGGAUAUCUGCCACCUGAAUCUUGUGAUGCAGUGCUAUACUAUGUUCCUUCUUUUGCCGCGGCGGUGCUGUUCUGCGUCCUCUUCGGCAUGAGCACAUUAUUGCAUUUUAUCCAGUCAUUGAUUCACAAGAAGGCAUAUAUGUGGGUCUUGAUCAUGGGUGCAGCAUGGGAAGCACUGGCAUUCGUCUUUCGAACAUUGCAGACUCGACACCAAAAUAACGGGGAUUGGGAUACCUUGUUCACGCUCUUCUUUUUACUUGCACCAAUUUGGAUCAAUGCCUUUCUCUACAUGACCCUCGGUCGCAUGAUCUAUUUUUUCCUCCCAGAGCAAAAACUCCACGGCAUCUCCGCUCGCCGCUUUGGAACCAUCUUCGUCUGGCUUGAUAUCAUCGCAUUUCUGGUCCAAGCAGCCGGGGCCCUUCUCGCCGGCAACCAAGACACCGGCAAGCUGAUCACCAUCGGUCUCAACAUUUACAUGGGCGGGAUCGGCUUGCAAGAGGCAUUUAUCUUGUGCUUUUUGGUCCUCGCAAUCAAGCUGCAUCGACGAAUGAUUCGUCUGGAACGCUCAGAGGAGGAGGCCAACGACAGAUUGUUCAAGACCCCCUUCAAUUGGAGAUGGAUGUUCUACGUGCUCUACUUUUGCUUGGGUAUGAUUACGAUCCGAAUUAUCUUCCGAAUCAGCCAGUACGCCCAAGGCACCUCACCGACCAAUCCAGUAUUGACUACCGAGGCCUAUGAAUAUGUCUUUGAUGCCGUGCCCAUGUUUCUCGCGGUACUGGUCUUGAACAUCAUUCAUCCAGGCCGUGUUCUGCAGGGGCCAGACUCGGGGUUCAGCGCGAUGCGUCGAGCCGAGAAGCAAGCCAAAAAGAACAAGAAAAUGGAAAAAAAGCAGGCCAAGGAGGAUGAGCGGAUGCAGAAAUGCAUGGCCAAAGAAGAAAAGAAGCGACGCAAGAGAGAAGUUGUGGAGAUGGAUCAGAUUCAAGUUGUUUGA